AUGUCAGACCACAGCAGCCAAAUCCUCUUCCAUCGCCGUGCACAUGCCUACGGUGACCUUGUCUAUAACAGCAUCGUUCCCGAGGCUCGAACAAUCAUGGGCAGCGGCCAGUUUAACUUAGAAUCGCUCGGAAACCUACGCGCAGUAUCACCCAAUUGGCCAACACAGGCAGGAGUUUACCUGAUUAUCUACGAGGACUUCGGUGGCGUUACAAUUGGAAGCACAACCUAUCGCAUCGCACUCUACUUUGGACAAACUGUUCAGUUUUACGGCCGAUUAAAUCAACAUCAGCAAGGUGCCCAGACCAAGACCUCAGCUCAUUACCGUCUGGCUAAGAAGGCCGGCACAAUGAGAAUGGUGCCCAUCAUUCUCAGUCCCGGUGGCAAUGUUCCCGAAUCCUUUUUGGACAUUGCGGAAUUCUCUAUGCAUUUUCGAGUCUGA